UAUUUAAUCCGUUUAAAACGAUAGAAACAGUUAACUCUGCUAAUUAUUCUCUUCUUAAAGAUGGUGUUUAUUAAAGAGGAGACUGAAGACAUGAAGAUUGAAGAAACAUUCAGAGUGAAACAUGAAGAUACUGAGGAACAAACAGACCUAAUGGCACUGAAAGAGGCGAGUCAUGAACUUUAUGUAAGGGAAGAAAAGAAAGAACAUUAUGAUAAACAUCAUGAUUUCAUGACUGGGGAAAGAUCCACAAAGGCUAAAAAGACUUCCUCACAAAAAAGAGCUCAAAAGACAGGAACUGAAAGUUAUUUUACCUGCCAACAGUGUGGAAAGAGUUUUACACAUAAAGAAAACCUUAAAGCCCACUUGAGAAUUCAUACGGGAGAAAAGCCUUACACCCGCCAACAGUGUGGACAGAGUAUCACUGUAAAAAGAAACCUUAAAGACCACAUGGGAACUCACACUGGAGGGAAACCUUUCACCUGUCAACAGUGUGGACAGAGUUUCAGUCAAAAAGGAAACCUUAAAGUCCACAUGAGAAUUCAUACUGGAGAAAAGCCUUACACCUGCAAACAAUGUGGAAAGUGUUUCAGUCAAAAAGGAAGCCUUAUAGUCCACAUGAGAAUUCACACUAGAGAGAGCCCAUUCGCCUGCCAACAAUGUGGACAGAGUUUCACUGUAAAAGGAAACCUUAAAGACCACAUGAGAAUUCACACUGGAGAAAAGCCUUACACCUGCCAGCAAUGUGGAAAGAGUUUUAGUCAAAAAGGUAGCCUUAAAGUCCAUAUGAGAAUUCACACUGGAGAAAAGCCUUACACCUGCCAACAGUGUGGACAGGGUUUCAGUGGAAAAGGAAAACUUGAAAUCCACAUGAGAGUUCACACUCAAGAGAAGGCUUAUUUCACCUGCCAACAGUGUGGAAAGAGUUUCACACAUAAAGGAAGCCUUAAAGUCCACAUGAGAAUUCACACUGGAGAAAAGCCUUACACCUGCGAACAGUGUGGAAAGAGUUUCACAUAUAAAGGAAGCCUUAUUGCACACAUGAGAAUUCACACUGGAGAGAGCCCAUUCGCCUGCCAACAAUGUGGACAGAGUUUCACUGUAAAAGGAAACCUUAAAGACCACAUGAAAAUUCACACUGGAGAGAAACCUUUCACCUGCCAGCACUGUGGAAAGAGUUUCAGUCAAAAAGGAAGCCUUAAAGACCAUAUAAGCACUCACACUGGAGAAAAGCCUUACACCUGCACUCUGUGCGGGAAUGGCUUCACUCGGGAACGAAGCCUUAGGGAACACAUGAAUAUUCACACUGGAGAGAAGCCAUUCAUAUGUGGCCGUAUGCGAAGAGGCAUGAAUCUUCAUGAAUAAUGCUGUGACUCACACCUGAGGGGAUUAAGACCCUGCCCCUAAUGAGCCGCAUAAUGAGCCAUUCAGCCAGGAAUGUGACUGAGUGAACUAAGAAAGAAUCCAAUGACAAAAGAAAUAUAUCAUUUUUUUGUUUGAAGUUUAUUUAAAAUAUAGUUAACUAUAUAAAUGAGAGUCAAAGACACAUUUGAAUACACAGUUAUACCUGGAAAUAAAUCCUGUUCAAAGAUAAAUGUGAACAUCACAUACCUGGCAUUUGGUGUUUCUGCACUGGAAGAAAAAAAAGAAGAAAAAAAAACUUUCCUGUUUCCAGUCAGUGAUCUCAGUAUCGUAUUCAUGCAGUCCAAUGUGGGCCAAUAUCUGGAAACUAUAAUUCUCAAAUCUGUGAGAUAAAAGAAAAAAAAAAACCCUCUGUGAGAAUGCUGAUAUCAGGAUCAUAUCAGCUAUUGUAUUAACAUUAAUAUAAUGUUCACUCUUAACUCUUUGUGAUCUCAUGCAUGCACGUAUUAUUGCACAUCAUGUGAAGAAAAUUUUGUAUAGGCCUAUUAUAUUUUAAAUUACAGUACCAGUCAAAAGAUUUGACACAUUACUAUUUUACAUUUUUUUGAAAGAAGUCUCAUUAAGUCUCUGAAACAGCCAAUAGUGAGCCUGCAAGUGUGAAGUCACAGGAGCAUGACACCAAUUAUUUAAUGCAAUUAUAAUGAAAUCAUUAAUGAAUUUAUUUUGAAAACUUGCUUUGCAUUGUGCAAAAUUCUCACAAAUUAGUAUUGAUGCUGUGGAAUUCUUUUCUGUGUCUCCUCAUUUACAGUUGGAUUGAUGAUGUGAACAUGAGUUUCAACAACUCCAGGAAAGCCAGAAAUCCUCAUGAUGGUCAGUUUGAAAGUCAAUGAGCUGCUAAACAGUAGUGGCCAAAAGUGAUGUUUGGCUUAGGAAAAUUUACAUAUUCACCCUUGAUUCAAAUAUGAUUAAAGGGGUGGUUGAUUCUGAUUUGACGUUUUUAAGUUUAGUUAGUGUGUAAUGUUGCUGCUUGAGGAUAAACAACAUGUGCAAAGUUACGAAACUCAAAGUUCAGUGCAAAGGGAGAUAUUUUCUUUUAAAGAAUUCGAUUCACGAUUCAUGGGUGUUCGAUUCGAUUCAAGAACUAUUUUUGCAAAUUCAAAACGAUUCGAUUCGAGACGGUUCACAUUAAAAUUCGAUGCAAUUUGAUUCUCCAUUUUAAUAUGCAGGACUCAGGACUAUUGCUGUUUCGAGAGAGAGCUGUCGUCUGCUCAUGUGAACAACAGUGGGCGUCCUGAGGAGAGCUCCAACAUGGGCUGCUCAAAAAUGUGUCAGUGAGAGCUACUGACGGAGCGUGAGCGCAAUCCAGUGAAAGGCGGUAGAGAGUGCAGAGCGUGUCUGUGAAGGAGAGCUGUGAGGGCAUGAAUUACGGCGCACAACGUCUCCAUCAAUUUGCACAUGUAGUAAUUUAAUGUUUAUAAGCACUGAAUCACUAUAGAAUCGUGAUUAAUCCGAUACUCAACAUUUCACAUCGAUUAUUGACCGAAAUUAACGAUUCACGAUUCAAAAAACAUGUUUCAAGAUCGAUGCAUAUGCAUCGUCAGGAUUUGUAAUGGAUGCAUCGAGAAAACGAGUGAAUCGUUACACCCCUACUGUUGAAGGAUUACAACAAACGGCUGGUGGGACUACAACAAGCUUCUUCCUGGGUUAGUGACAUCACUAACCCUAAAACUUACAUAAACCCCACCCCCGUGUUAUUGCAAUACAGUACGUAACAUAAAUGCAAUAGCAUGUCAUAAAAACAAGUUGACAAUGUAAUUAAACUAAACUGUUAUAUCUUCAUGCAGCAUAUAUUCUCUGACUCUGUAGGCAUUUUACAACAGUUCCCACACCAGCGAUUUAUAGAUUAUCAUGACAGAUAUGCUAAUCAAUGACUUUAAGAUAUCCAACAUCAGCUACAUAAAAUAAGCAACUAACCAUUCAGAAACGUCCUGUUGCAUUCUACAUGUUGUCACUUCUUCUUGAGUCUCUCCAUCAUUGUCCAACUUUGGUUUGAACAUAAAAGGUUCAACAUUUUCUGACAUUUUCAGUGAGUCCUUGUGAGGUAAUCGGCGCUGCUAACAAUAUGUGCUAACAUGAGCUGUUUCUCAAUAUGCGUUCUUGUCUGUACUUUUGUUCUUGUGUUCUUGUGAAACGUCAUCAGUCGCUGCCAAAGUACUGUUGCAAUUAAAAGUUCACAUCUAGCCAAGUACAGUUCAAAUCCCCGGAUGUGUUCUUGAUCCGCCCCUUUUAUCGAGGAUGCAUCGAGAGGUGACUUGUGCGGACUUGAGUCAGCCAGGUAUUCCAGAAUGCAUCUCGCAAUAACCAGCAAGCAUCAAUAGUAAAGGAGAAAACCCGCGUAAUUUAAACAUGUUACUGUUAUUAUGUCAUAACAUGUAGUUUUCAGAGUUUCCAGGUGAGAAUGUACUGGUUUAAAGCUCAAAUCUGUGGUUUGUUGAUAAAGGUAGCGCCUUUCUGAAAAUUUGAUCUGACGUUGUUGUUGUUGUGAGAUCCAGGCGAUCACCGGGUGCUUAGCGCUCAUGUACCCAGCAGAGUACAGCCUUACCUCGGCUAGUCCUUCUGACAUUUGCUGCUGGCUCUGAUGUCUCUGUAGUGCUUAAACAUAACAUAAUUUGUCUUUUGUAUAUCUAACAGAGGAUUUUUUGGUCUCAUGAAUCUAUAAUUUGUUCUGUGGCAAAUCAUUUUGGCUGAAGGCAAAGUGAUGUUUCAUAACUUUAUAUAUUUAGGCUAUUUAACUUUACUGUUGUAGCCUACUAAAGCACUGAUUUUGUAUUGUUUGCUUUAUUUCUUAUUGUAUAUUCUUAUACCUUUUACAAUGGCUAUUAUUGAUCAUUAAAACUGACAUUUAACAAAAAGAGACAGAGUUGUGUUUUAUGUUAUAUUUCAAUUUAUUACAGUGAAGAUAAUUAGAGAAUGCACAUAUAUUUGUCACAGGCACACCAGGCUCCACCAUCAGCCAAUCACAGCACACUCCCUCACCAGAGUACUAAACACACACACCUGUUACCCAUCAGCACCUCAUCACAGCAGACUUAAAAGCACAUCACUCACCUCAGUCAGUUGUCUGGUCUCGUUCUAACGAAGGACUCUUCAUGUUGAUCUCCAAGACUUCUGAAAUACUUACCUGUUCUUCUCCAGCGUGUUUUCUCAGUCUCCGUGCUUCCUCGUCUGUGUGUGAGUGUACCCACCUACAUCAUGUGUUCAUCCCGUCAACGGCCAACCACCCAUCCACGAUCUGCAAACCUGUAAGACAAAGGACUGUAUCAGAGUUCAGUAUUCACUCCACUAAGACUCCAUCUUCUACCCACUUACCUGCAUUACAGUGUUUACUUUGCUGUUCACCAAUAAAACUACCAUCUGCUUCCA